AUGAGUCAUGGCAUUUCCAUUCAUAACUGUGACAUCAUUUACUGGCAGGUUAAAAAGAUUCCAAAAACAUUCUCGUCAGUGACAGAUUACAAGAAGUCAUUCUUUCCUUCAUUAAUCGAGGAAACACAUGCUGAUUUGUUUUCCAACAUAACAGCGUUGUCUCAAGCACCCACUUGUGGAAUAGAAUAUGUUGAGACAUCUAAAACAUUUAAACCUCCUAAAGGCUUGUUUUAUGAACUAACAUUAGAGAGCAUAAAAGAUUCUAAGUUGAAGAAAGCGAAAGAUACUGAGAAAGAUGAAGGAAAAUAUGAACCCGAGUCUGGUGAUCUUAUUGCCUUAACAUAUGUUAAACCAAAAUGCAUUGACGAUUUGAAUAAGCCCAAAAGAUUCUAUCUAAUAGCUUAUGUUCUUCGGCCAAGAGACUUAAGGAUAGAUGAGUUCAGUACGGUAUCGAUACUGGCAUCAAAGCCCAUUUUAACUGAUGAGGAAUACAUGCACAAAUACAAGAAAGGAACACUUUUUGCAGUUUAUCUUAUGAAUAUGACUACAAAUGUCCGUAUAUGGAAAGCACUGCACCCAAGUUCGGAAGGGGGGAACACAAACAUUAUUAGAACAGUACUGCAAGCCAAUUCAUCUGAUGAUGGAAAUUGUUUGACUUGCUUUUCUAAAGGAAAAAACAGUCCUGCCCCUUCUGAUCUCCAGGACAUGAUCGGCUCUUAUAAUCUAAAUGGCUCUCAAGAAGCUGCAGUUUUAAGCUGCAUUGGUAUGAGAGAAUGCAAUCAUCAGAAUCCUGUCAAACUGAUAUGGGGCCCUCCAGGGACCGGGAAAACAAAGACUGUUGGUGUCUUAUUACAUGCCCUCCUUCAAAUGAAGGGAAGAACAUUAACAUGUGCACCAACUAACAUUGCGGUUUUGGAAGUUACAACACGGCUGUUGAGGUUGGUCAGGGAAUCACUAGAGUAUGACCCAUACGGGCUUGGAGAUAUAGUUUUAUUCGGGAAUGGUAAGCGAAUGAAGAUUUAUGAUCGUUUUCAUCCAAAUAAAAGAAUGAAGUUUGGUGAACGUAAAGAUCUUCUUGAUGUAUUUCUCGACUAUCGUGUUGAUGUGCUUGUGGAGUGCUUUGCUCCUCUAUCUGGCUGGAGAAAUGGCUUAGAAUCAAUGGUUUCUUUGCUUGAUGACCCGAAAUCGCAGUACAAAAUAUACUUGGAAAAAAAAGAGGAUGAAAAAAGAGAAGAGGAAAAAAGAAAGGAGGACAAAAGAAAGGAAGAAAAAAGGAAGCAGGACAAAAGAAAGGAAUAUGAAAGGAAGGAGGAAAACAAUAAGGGGGAUGAUGAUGAGCUCAAAAAGGACGAUGAUGAUGAUCCUUUGACGUUUGAGGAGUUUUUAAAGAAGACAUUCGGUUCAAUUCAUGAGCAACUGAAGUUUUGUCUGGUUAAUUUGUAUACGCACUUACCCACUUUUCUACUACCUUUAGAGGUAAUGAAAAAGAUGAGAAGAGCUCUGACUUUGCUUAAAUCUCUUGAAACUUUGUUGCGUGGUGUUAGUGUAGCAAAUGAAGGGUUAUUACAAGUUUUCAAUAAUUUUGAAAACUUAGGAAGCAGUAUGGGUUGCCUUGCAAAGAUGAGUAUGAGACAAGAGUGCCUUCAGAUACUGGGAGAUCUGACCUUAUCUUUGAAAUCUUCUGUUCCAGAUUUAACUUCUGACAAAUCAAUAAAAAACUUUUGCUUGGCAAAUGCAUGCCUAUUGUUUUCUACUGCAUCAAGCUCUGCUAAAUUAUACAGUACUGAAGGAAGCAUGGAAUUUUUGGUUAUCGAUGAAGCUGCUCAGCUUAAAGAAUGUGAAUCAGCAAUUCCUUUACAGCUAUCUGGCGUCCGCAAUGCUAUUCUCAUAGGGGAUGAGAGGCAGCUCCCUGCAAUGGUUAAAAGCGAGAUAUCCAAGACGGCUGAAUUUGGAAGAAGUUUAUUCGAAAGACUGGUCAUGUUGGGGCGGCAGAAGCACCUUCUUGAUGUCCAGUACAGGAUGCAUCCAUCCAUCAGCUUAUUUCCAAACACAGAGUUCUAUGACAAACAGAUUUCAGAUGCUCCAAAUGUUAAAGGAAGAGACUACGAGAAGCGUUUCCUUCAGGGCAAGAUGUACAGCUCCUACUCUUUUAUAAGUGUAGUUCAUGGAAAGGAGGAAUUUGGUCUCGGGUACAGUCGAAAGAAUAUGGUUGAGGCUGCUGUGGUCUCUGAGAUAGUUGAAAAUCUUUUUAAACAAUUCCUGGACACAAAGAGGAAGGUUAGUAUAGGAGUCAUAUCACCGUAUAAGGCUCAAGUUUCUGCCAUUGAAGAGAGGGUCAGAAAAUACAGCAAGUCUGUUAGUGGCUUCAUUGUGAAUGUUCGCUCUGUUGAUGGGUUCCAAGGAGGUGAGGAUGAUGUAAUAAUUAUCUCUACAGUAAGAUGUAAUGGGAAUGGAUCAAUAGGUUUCCUUUCCAACCGACAAAGAGCAAAUGUGGCACUAACUCGAGCAAGGUAUUGCCUUUGGAUUUUGGGGAAUGCGGUUACUUUACUCAAGAGUGACUCUGUUUGGAAGAAACUAGUCCUUGAUGCUAAGGAACGUGGGUGUUUCUAUGAUGCCAAUGAGGACAAGAGCUUGGCUCGGGCAAUUACUGCCGCAUCGGUGCAGUUUGAAAGGCUUGACGUUUUACUCAGUAAUGACUCUCCACUCUUCAGAGAGGCUAGAUGGAAGGUUUACUUCAGCAACAACUUCCAGAAAUCUAUUGCUAGAAUUCACAAUGCAGAGAUUCGUAAUGAAGUGCUUUUGCUGUUGGAAAAGCUUUCAAGUGGUUGGCGCCAGCCUCAUGAGAAGAGAAACCUCAUUGUCCAUGAUGGUACUUCUUCUCAACUUUUAGAGAUGUGCAAGGUCGAUGGGGGGCUGAAUCUGGUUUGGACAGUAGAUAUUCUCAAGGAGUAUUCAUGUCACAUUCAGGUCAUGAAGCUUUGGGAUGUUGCGCCAUUAUCCGAUAUAAAAAAACUAGCAAAGGAUCUUGACGUGGUAUUUGGGAACUACACAGUAGAUAAGAUGCAUCGCUGUGAGCACAGAUGCGUAGAGGGGAGUUUAGUUGUCCCAAUGAGAUGGCCAUUGUACUCCACCUCCACUAGGUGUCCUGAAGGUGAUAAUGUGUGGUUCUCCUUGGAACCGCUAUCCUCACUAAGUUUAAGGGAUAAGCUAGAAACAUCAGCUACAACUUCUAGUCAAAUAGGAGUUGGAUGUAAUUACUUAUGCAGUGAUAAAAUAUAAAAUUGAAGGAAUUUAAGUGGUUCAACCUUCCAAGGCAGAUGUCCAAGUGGACAAAAACCCCCCACAGGGCCUACAUACCUCUUUCAAUUUGUGUUACAA